UGAUUUCUGUCACAUUGGGAUAAUUAGACAAAAUAUUAUUUGUAUUUUUGUAAGAAUAAUCAUGAGUAUAACGCGGUUUUUAUCGAACCGUAAAGUGUUGUAGACUAUUACAUUUCCCUAAUCAGCUGUUUCUCAACGUUUUUGUCCAGGACCAUAGGUUACACUUGUGCUUUGAUAAAACUUUCAUAAUACAAAUAAUUUGUUGUACUCAUGUUCGUGUAAUGAUUUUCUGUUGAUUAAUUAAAAUUGAUAUAUCCGUAUUGUGAAUUUGCUUAAAUUAGUAAUAUUAUUAAAAAUUUUAAACCUAGCAUUAUGUUCCUAUUCUAUAGUUUGUUUUUUUUAUCUUUAUAAAUUGUAGGUAAAUAGUAAUUUAUUGUGGAGAUUUCCGAUAUAUUUUAUAGUUGGUAAGCUCACAAAAACAUGACUGAACAAGUAGAAGUUAAAGAAAAUCUAUUAAAAAGUGAUCAUGAAACACCAGAAAGAGUGGUUAAGCCUUCUACAUCAAUACCGAGAUAUCAACACAAAUCAGAUAACCAGACAAGCAGUCCAAUGUUUUUACGCCCAUCAUUAUUGCCAUCUUCAUCAUCAUUUGCUUUUGAAAUGGGUCAAAGAAAACCAGAUACUCCAAGACCUACAUCUAAGUCAUUUUGUUUAAAUCCAUCUAGAUUAAGUUUAAACCCAUCUACAUCUACUCCAAAAACUUCAAGUUCUUCCAAUCAAAAUGAUACAAAUACUGAAGAACCACAGCCUAAAAAAGAUGUACCUGUUCCAUCACCGCCAGCUAUAUUUGGUGCUGUUAUUACCAAAAAUCGCACUCAAAAACCUGAUGAAAUUUCAUUGGCUAGUGGCUUUGUAUUUGGUCAAAAUCUUCACGAACGUGUUGAAUUAAAUAAAGAAGCUGAUUCAACUUCAGAAGAUGAUAAAAAACCUAAUGAUACUCAAGAAGCUGAAGUUUCAUCAUCUUCAAAUGUUAUUUCUCCAUCAUUUGGCAAUCUUAAAAAUGAUGAACCUGACGAAAAUGGCAGACUGGAUGAAUCUGUAGAAGAAUCUAAAAGAAAAUUGGUAGAAGCUGCUAAAGAAUAUGAAGAAUCACGUGCGACUAAAAGAAAAUAUGAAGAAGUUGAUUGUAUGACUGGAGAAGAAAAUGAUGUAAACGUAUUCCAGUUAAAUAUAUGUAAACUCUAUGUGUAUGAUAAUGCUAAAUCCAACUGGGUGGAAAAAGGACGUGGACAAUUGCGUGUAAAUGAUAUGGAUGGAGGACAGUCAUCAAGAGUAGUUAUGAGAAGCAAUGGAAACCUUAAAGUUAUUUUGAACACUAAGAUUUGGGCUGACAUGAAAGUUGAAAAAGUUAGUGAAAAAAGUGUUAGGCUCACUGCAUUUGAAGAAGAUUCAAUUAAAGUAUUUCUUGUACUUGGACCUGCAAAAAGUAUUGAUGAAUUUAUACAUGUAUUACUGACACGUGUAGAAAGACAUAAGGAAGCAGAUAGAAAGAGAAAUCCAUCUACCACCAAUGAUGAAGAUUCAUUAGAGGGUACACUUGUAUAAUAUGCUGAUAAUAAUUUGUUUUAUCAUAAAUAUCAAUACAAACUAUAUUUAUGAUAAAAAAUAUUUUAUUUCAGUUUUUUCCACAAAAUAUAAUAUGUUGUAUUUAUA